UCCUUGGGUAUUCUCUUUCGAAUGGAGCGUUAAAAUUUCUCUCGGCUCCCUCCUCAAAUCUUCGGCUCUCUCUCUGCCGGUUCCCUCUCUACCGUCUCUCCCUUCGGCUCCCCCUCUCUCAGCCGUAACUUCUUCCCGGCACCACCAUGGCCGAGGUUUCGUCUAUCUCCUCUGACAAUACAUCUUCCCCCAAAACCCCCCAUCUUGCUUUCACCACUGUUUCCAACAUCAAAUUACACAUCCCCAUUCAACUCAGCAUAUCCGAACCAAACUACAAAAAGUGGAGUAAACUUUUUCGUCUACUUGCUCUUCGCUUCAAUCUCAUGGGAUUUCUCGACGGCACCAAUACUGCCGCCUCCGACGAUGACGUUGAAUGGCUCCAGUUUGAUGCCCUCCUUCAAGGGUGGAUUCUCUCCACCGUCACUGACGAGGUUUCAGAUCUUGUUCUCGCCAAUAGCCCCUCCGCUCAUUCUCUCUGGACAGCGAUCUACAAAUUGUUUCAUGACAACAAACAUGCUCGGGCAAUGCAAUUGGAGCAUCGUUUUCGCACAACCGUCAAGGGAAAUCGGACGAUCAAUGAAUAUUGCCACCUCCUCAAAAAUCUUGCCGACUAUCUCGAUGAUGUGGAUGCUCUGGUGACCGAACAUGCCUUGGUCCUACAGGUUCUUCAAGGGUUGCCUCAAGAUAUACGAGCCCAGGUUACCUUCCUUCAGUAUCAAACUCCUUUUCCGACUUUUUUGGAGGUUCGCUCGGCCCUCUUGCUCGUCGAACAACAACAAACAAACACCACCCAUGGCGCCGACUCGUCGACGGCACUCUUCAGCACCGGCAGUGGCGGCGGGUCUCCAGCGGCGGGCGGACAGCAGCGUCAGGCAGGGGGUCUUGGGCGUGGCUAUGGCAGCUUCCUUCUCUCUCUUGGGUUCCGCGGCUGCAAGAGCGAUACUUCCUUGUUCACUUAUGGUCAGGGAUCACACAUGGCGUUCUUACUCUUGUAUGUGGACGACAUCAUACUCAUAGCCUCCACCCAGGCUCUCCUUCAGAAAAUCAUUCAGCGGCUAAAGGGGGAAUUUGCUAUGACAGAUAUGGGGGAUCUCCACUUCUUUCUGGGGAUCAAUGUCCAGCGCACGACUCAUGGAUUGUUUCUCACACAGACUCAGUUCCUCUAUGACAUUCUUGAUCGUGCAGGUAUGCUCUCCUGCAAAUCGGCUUCUACCCCGGUUGACACACGCGGGAAGCUAUCGGCCUCAGCAAGACCACCAGCGCCAGAUCCUUCCAUGUACCGGUCUAUCGUCGGGGCACUACAGCUGGGCAGGGGGGUAAUUGAGGGGAAAUCAAAUGGAGUGGGGAGGUGGGCCGAGGAGGGUGGGCUGUUGGGAGCUGGGCCGUGGGAGUGGAUUGGAUUGGAGGGGGUGGUUUGGGCCGAAGGUGGGAGCGGGGUGGUGUGGGCCGAGAGGGGAGGUGAUGUGGGGUAGGCCGAAAGGGGAGUGUGGCUUUGGAGGUGGCGGAAGUGUGGGGCAAUGCAGUCCUCCAUGGCGUCGAGGAAGUCGCAAGAAUAGGGGGAUUGUGGGGGUGCAUAUGGGAAAGUGGACUCAUCAAAGGUAACAUGUCGGGAGACAAUAAUUUUCUGAGUGGAGA